UUCGUUGUGAAAUAGCCUAGAUACCUGUUUAUAUACAUAAAGUGUACACAUAGUCCUAUAUUCACUUACGUGCUAGUCGGUGAACAAACGAAGGAUAAACUUAAGGUAUUCGAUUGUAGGUUCAAGCAAUGGCUUUACGCAUACAGAGAAAACCUGGAACCGUUGGAAAAUCCAGCGGUGACGCGAAGGGUAAACGACAAGGUACUCCGAAGGUAGCUGAUCCUCCUCCGGAACAAGAGCAUGCGUAUCAAGAUUUCUCACCUGGAAUGGAAGUUGAUCGUGUGUCAUUCAUGGACUCGAAGGAAUCAAAAACUAUAUCAAGUGACAAAGGGAGGUGGGGAAAUCCGACAGGGAAGGAAGGACAGACCGUAGCUUCAGCAUCAACCACUUUUACUUCAAAUUCAAAGCAGGUUUACAAGGGACCUCCCGCUGCACGCGUCUUCAACAUACGGAAAAAGGAAUUAAAUAAAAGAGGCAUAAAAGACCUGGAAGAGUGGGUGAAAGAUCCAAAUAAUAUUUACAUUGGUCGUGACAUGACCUUUUACGUCGGUGGAGCAGUAGGAAGCAAAUGGGGAAACCCGUUCAAGAAGCUUGAAAGGGAUGAGGCGGUAAUACGCUUUGAGGAGCACAUCAGGGCAUCACCCUCGCUUAUGGCCGAGCUUGACGAACUAAAAGGGAAGAAUUUAGGCUGUUGGUGUCAUCCUCUGAGUUGUCAUGGACACGUGCUGGUAAGACUACUGGAGGAAAAACUUGCGAAGGAACAAUUGACAUAAGUUGUAGUAUACUUCGACAAUGUGAUUAAAGUGAUACUUCGAUAGACCAGCCACGUUUGUCUGGAGAAGGAUUGUCUGGUAUAAGAAACAGCUGGAUUACUGGGACCAUGAUUUAUACUAGAAAGUAUCAAAUAUGAAAAAACUGGCUGGAUUUUGGUAAUACCUGAUUGAUGAUGUCUUGUUUAACAUGGAUACACUUUAUGUGUUAACAUUUUUUUUCAGUCAAAAAUCACAGAAUUUUGCUGAACGAGAUAUAGUGAUUAAUAGAUUUUGUUUUGUACAAUUUUGUAAGCAGGUGUGAUACAUAUUAUUCAAUAUCCUCAUUAGAGACCAUUGAAGUUACUAUGCGUUUUUGUGUUCAAUAUUUCAAUAUAUCAAAUUCUUGUUACUAUUGUUGUCAUUGUCAAAUGUAGGGUUUAUCUUCGUUUUUAAAAAAGCGAAUAUCUAUGGAAAUUGCAAAAUAGCAAUGUUCACACUGUGGGUCAUCACAUUGGUAUUUUAUAUGCAUACAAUAAUAAGUGCUUUAAUUAAUUUUCACCAAUUUCGCUCUGCUGCAGUGUUUACGGGUUAUCUUUGUCAGCUUAAUGUUAAAUUACGUUAUUUGAUCAUCCUUAUUCCUCUUUUUGUCUUCACUUUUCUUACUCUCCUCAAGUAGAUAUGUUUAAAAUUUCCUAUAACCUAAUCACCAUAGAUAAUACACAUUAAGAUUUCUCUACACCCACAGCAAUAUAUUGAUACUAUAAAUGAAUGCUUUUUGCCGCAAGGCUACCUAUAACUUCACUCAUCGUAGCGUGUUGUGUUGUACACAGUUCUGUCUUGGUCUUGUUAGUAUGAUAAUUUUUGUCAAAAUGUAUUUUUUUUAUCUAACCUAUAAUUUUUAGUUUUGAAUAAUGAUCUUCAGCAUAUACUAAAUAGCUACGUUAUUAAUAAAUCAAUUAUCACAAGUGUAGUAUCCCUUUAUAUACUUUGUGUAAAUGUAUACAUAUCAUAUAAACCACAUGGGAUUAAUAAAAUGAAAUAGGUCAUUUUUACCUAUAUUGAACGAAUUUCACAUAACAGACUAAAGCUAGGUUGUUCAUCAAUGUAUAACAUACUGAGUUAUAUUGUGUGUCUAUUUCUAUUGUUGUAUGUUAGGGUUAUUGAUUACAUAAACAAAUGUUGCUGGGUAAUUGACACCUUAAGUUAUUUAUUGGAACUGAUUAGCUUCAGCCUUAAACCAGAUAUGACUUUCCAGAUAUAGGCAUCCCUGUGUCCUGUCCCUACUGUGCUACUGUUAUAGCCAAACGGAAUUUAAGGAAGGUUACUUUAUAUAGGAAAAUGCAGUGUAGUGGGACAGGGAUCCUUAAUAUUAGACAUUUGUAAUGGGAUCUCUUAUUCUUCGAAUUCGACAUCGUUCGUUUCCUUAUUAACCUUCGAUUUGUAUUUCCCAUCGUAUGUUGACGCGGUUUUGUACUUUUUUAUGAUACCGUGGACUAUAGAGUCUUUAAACAAAUAUAUUUCAGGUCAUGGCAGUUAUGAAUCAAUGAAAUAAUGCUCUGAUUUGUACGAGUGCAAUUACUUAUGAUAUAUUGAGAGUGCCUGUGUCUGUAUUCAUGAAUUUACCAUGCAUUGUAAUAAAAUUCCUGUUGCUGUUAAAUCCCAACACAUACAUAAUGA